GGCACUUCAAGCGGCCGCUUCAACAAUACAUUUGUAAUUUUUUGGGAAUUGUUGUCGUUUUAAAAAGAAAUACUGCAACUUCGAAAUAAACAAAACAUAACAAGCUAUAACUCAAAUACAAUUGUAUUCAUACUGCCAAUGAUGGAAAAUCAUAGAAACUUAUUUAAGGUGUCUUCUGGAGAUUUAAGACGCCAAAACCCUAUUGAAUCUAACCGCGAACAUCAUCGCGUUGCUCGAAGCAAAAAACGCGAGGAUCUAUUUCAAAAAAAUCGCAGUACAUAUCUCAGUCAAACACCGUCGCAGGCAACCCAGCAAAAGCAAGUGAAGUUAAAUAAUCUAAAGAUGUCAGCUGCAAAUAUCGACCAGGAAAAUAAAGUUUCUUCGCAAAAUGAAUUUUCCACCAAUAAUAAAAUGUCAAAACGUCAUGCUAAUUAUUUGCAACGCUUUCUUAAAUGGAAAUCAAUUGAUAAGUACCAAGCUUCCCAAAAAAAUGGCAAAGGAUGCAAGCAAAGGCAAGCCUUAUCGCAGCCAACUGCAUCAUUUGAAUCAGAGAAGGAGGAAAAAAGACGUUCGCUUUAUGUUUUUAACAAUAUACCAAAGAGCCCUUUACCAACAGCGGAAAAUGUCGAAUAUCCAGAUAUAACUAAGGUAUCAACAGUGGCAUUCUCCUUUCAACAGAGUUUUGAAAAGAAGCCCGAGAAAUCGUUCGCUCCUGCCGCUUCUCACGCUUCAAUGACAAAAACAUCCGCGAAUCGGACAAUGAAAUCUUCUAUUGCGAGAGUUGUUAAGUCAAACCAACUAGUAGAUGAAGUAAAUCCUUUUGUGUUUGGAGCGAAACCACAAGAGUUUAAAACAAAGCUCCAAACGAAACGACCUGCGCUAAACCCGCUGCAAGUUGCAGCUGAUUCUAUAAGGGAAAAGCCUGAAAUUCAGAUUAGCCUUAAGCAAAAUCGACUACCGGCAAAGCCAACAGUACGGUCAGUUAAAAGCUCAAUAACACAAAAUGCUGUGACCAAGCCGUUGGAAGUAACCGCAACUAAAGAAAACUCUCGAGGUGGUCGUGCUGUCCAAAUGAAAGCAUUGGCACAAAGAAAGGGUGUUAACCCUCUAUCAUCAGAGCUGUCGAUACGCAUGAAGGCUGCAAACCCACACUGCAGACAAAAUCAAAUUAGGCAUAAGCUUUCUACAAAAUUUGAUCUGCAAGAAAUAUGCAAUUUACAGACACCUUUCACGUCUGAGCUUGGAGCACAGGCAACAUGUCAGAAGAAGUCGUACAAGAAAGGCGCCAAUAUAUUAAAGUCACGCGGAGACACGUUCAAUAAAUCUACUGUGGCAAGUAGGAAGCCAAAUGGAGCACCUUAUAUCGCCAAGAAUCAGCUGUCGCCUUCUCCGUCGAAAGUAUUGGAGUUGCAGAACAGAGUGGACGCAGGAAAGGAUGAAAUCACGCCGUUGAGUCAGAAAAAUUCAGAAACUCUCGUUGCAGUACGUCGCAUAUUGGACACUGUUGCAUACUUUCGAUUACAGCUAGAUAAUGAAAUUAAACGCCUUCAUUGCCUCUGCGAUGAAUGGAAUUUAUAUAGCAGCCAAAAUGAAGAGCGACUUUUGGAGACUGGGGCCAAGGAUAGCAUAGAUGCUGCUAUUGGGCAAACUAAACUUCUUACUAGCAAAAAAUUUAUGCAGUUUAAAGGUCUAAUUGACCGCUGUGAAGCAGGUGCCAGCGGUAAAGAUCGGCUUCCAAAUGAUGGCAGCGAGGCUUCUAAGCCCGUCUUUGUUGAUGACUUAGAGGGGUGGUGGGAUAUGUUGCGUUUGCAAAGCCAAAAUGUAGAUAAACGAUUUGAUAAUCUGCGGCGCUUAAAAGAAAAUAAUUGGAUUGAUCCAGAUACGGAGACGUUGUCUAAAGUAAAACCUAAAGCAGGCCCAAUCACUAAGCGAAAGCCCGCCACUAAGCCAAGCAGCGACUUAAGAUCUUUUUUGCGUAAGGCAUUUGCGGAAAAUCGAAAAAAACAGGCAACUCAAGGAAUUGCCGAGGAAAGCAAUCAGUCGAAUCAAACUCCGAAACGUUGCCCACAGUAUCGUCAUAUUUUUGUUCGCGAUCGCAAAUCGUUUUCACCAGUUCCUACCGUGCUUCGUGUGUCUAAUGGCAGUGCAAAACGAGUGUCAACGGGAGUAAAUAGUUUAUUAAAGUCUGCUAUUAUUGGCGCAACGGAGUACUUAGCUCGUGAGCAGUUGACGCCAACCAGAGAGCAGCCAAUAUCUAUUUUAAAAACGCCAGGAACCAAGAGACGUCAAUCUACAGCCAAUCGAAAUGUCAUAUUUAGCGCAAAAAAAAAGGUUCGUCGUUUCCAGUUCACGUUUGAGGAAGGUAAUGUCAGUGGAGAUGAGGUUGACCUGCGAUCUGCGAAAUUAGAUGACUGUGAGGAAGACAUGAGCUUGGAGAGAGUCUCUUUACAAGACAGACAGCCAGAAACUUCAGUAACUUCAACAGUUGAGGAGAGUUGUACUAUUACGCCGAGAACUUAUUCACUGCGUAAUCGUGUAAUAAAACUUAGGCCGUCAUCGGAGUUUAUGUAAAAUAUUCUGGACCCAUUGAAAAUGUAAAGUCAGCGUAUAAUUUUGUGCAACUGCAUAUUACGUCUGUCUGUCCGUACGUUCACGUAAACAAAAAAUUGGAAAUGUAUGCCUGUGUUUACCAUAUCAGUCAAUUUUUUUUUCUAUAUUCCUAUUAUUGCUGAUAAUUAUACCGUAAACUUAUUGAAAAUGGAAAAUCAGUGUAUAAUGUAUGUUAAAUGUAUUUCGUUAAAUGUAUGUAACAGAGAAAAGGAGGUGUCUUCAUCAGAGCGAUUUUAUCUUGCCUGUCUGUCUAUCCGUCCGUCCGUAUGUAUAAAGGCGUCAAUCUUAGAAGAUAGAAUAGAACUGACUUUUAGUUGGUAUUUUCGCAAUUCACUGCUUCCGUUAUCGAUUAAAACCCUUAACGAAUUUCAAUAAUUAAA